GUUUAUUGUAAUAUAACACUGUAUUAUCCGCUAUAAAAAUUGUGUUGUGUAUAGUGUAUUACACAGCUAUCUGUACAAAUUCAACGUUUGUUUUGAAUAAAAUCGGUAGCAAGUAUUAAGCGCUUUUUAAAUAUGAUAUAAAUAAUAUAAUAAAUAUGAAAAGUCAUGCUUGUGCCAUUAUUACUAACUGUGGUCAUCACACUGAUAUUGCCUUAAAGAUUUACAGUAAUCGUGUAUUAAUAAUUGCAACCCAUUUCAAGAAGUUUGGAUCAUUAAUAACAGUAACUAAAGGAUCUUCGUUUCAUCAGUUUAAUAAUAGUAUAUUCUCUGCAAAGGUUUUGUUUGGAAGAGAUGAUAUUGAAAUUGUGGCAGCUGCUCGUUAUAUAGCAGAACAGAUUAAUUUAGAUAAACCAUUAUUGAUAUCAUUAUCCUUAAAAAAUUAUGAACCAGAUACUUUGAGAGCUAUUGCUAAUGCUCUAAAAGAAUUAAAGUAAUAUUACUGUUAUAAAACAAAUGUGUAAAUAUGAGUUUGAUAUUUGGUCAAUUAGUAAUUGGUCCACCAGGAAGUGGAAAAACAACAUAUUGCCAUGUUAUGAGCAAGUUUUUGGAAAAACUUGGUAGAAAAGUGGCUAU